AUGCUGUUAGUUGUAGUCGUCAUCGCAUUAGGUGCUAUCGCCGUCGAAAAACAAAUUAAAAAGAAGAAGCUUAGAAACAUGAAGAAGGAGAAAUAUGAACGCUACAACAGAGCUCAGGAACAGAAGCAACAAGGAGGAUACCCACCGCAAUAUCCAGAACCAUACCAAGAUUCAGGGCUCUACUCUCCUCCAGCCACCACCGGUAGUUCAAGCAGAAUGAAUUACAAACGUGGAAGAAGAAUGACAAACGAACUGAACCAAACAGCUCCGACUGCUGCAUCCGAGGCAAACAUAGGAUGCCCUAAAGUUCAGUUAGUCGCUGCGAAUAACGGUGCCUUCAACACUCCACCACCAACAAUUACCGUUUAA